UGCACCAGGUCGAAACAAACUGUCAUUCAAUAGUGGCUGUCUGGAGAAACAGUAUUACUCUAUAUAAGAGGCUGUAAUUGACAGACAUUUACAUUUGGGCUCGUGAUUUGAGGAGGUAACUAUGGGACAUCUCUCUGUUCUCCUCCUCGUUGGAGUGGCAGUGUCUUCUGUUUGCUCUCAGUACUCUGGAGAGUCUGGCUCUGACAUCGGGAUCCAGGUCUUCGAUCAGCUUGCAAAGUCCAGACCGCAGGACAAUCUCGUCCUGUCUCCUCACGGGAUAGCAAACGUGCUUGGAAUGCUGCAGCUUGGAGCAGAAGGAAAGACCAAGAAGCAGCUUGUGACAGCUAUGAGAUACAAUGUGAACGGAUCUUUUAAAAUGCUGAAAAGAGUACAGAAGAGCCUAGCCUCUGGGAAGAAUAAAGACCUUGUUACCAUAGCCAAUGCAAUGUUUGCACAGAGCGGUUUUAAAAUGGAAGAUGCCUUUGUCUCCAGUAACAGAGAGGUAUUUCAAUGUGAAAGCAGAAGUUUGGAUUUUAAUGAUCCUAACCGGGCCGCAGCUUCUGUCAAUCACUGGGUUUCAAACCGAACCAGAGGUAUGAUUGACAACCUUGUAUCUCCUGACAUGCUCAGUAGUGCCCUAACAAGGCUAGUAGCGGUGAAUGCCAUUUACUUCAAAGGCAUGUGGAAAUCUCGGUUUCAGCCCAGUAACACAAAGAAGCGCAAUUUUAAUGGUGGAGAUGGGCAAGUAUACCAAGUGCCCAUGAUGUCACAGCUGUCUGUAUUCAACAUUGGCUCAACAAGCACCCCUGAUGGUUUGCAAUACACGGUCAUUGAGCUGCCUUACCAUGGAAACAGUAUGAGUAUGUUAAUUGCCUUGCCCGUGGAAGACAGCACUCCUCUGUCAGCUAUCAUUCCUCACAUCAGCACAAAAACUAUUCAGCGCUGGAUGGAACUGAUGCGCCAAAGAAAGGUUCGGCUGGUCAUUCCGAGGUUUACUGCCGAGGCAGAAACUGAUUUGAAGGCGCCUCUCUUGGCUCUUGGUAUCACAGACAUGUUUGAUCAGAAGGCAAACUUCAGAAGCAUUACGAAGUCUGAACAACUCAGUGUUUCCCAAGCAUUGCAGAAAGCUAGACUUGAGGUGAAUGAAGAUGGAACAAAAGCAUCUGCUGCAACUGCUGCUAUUUUACUGGCCCGGUCUUCCCCUCCAUGGGUCAUUGUAGACAGACCUUUCCUUUUCUUUGUUCGACACAACCCAACAGGUACGGUGCUGUUUAUGGGACAAAUUAACAAGCCGUAGGAAGCCAAUGCAUUGAGAGGAAGCUUUUUUUUUUUUUUUUCUUCCCCUCUUCCAAGAUCUCUCUCUUUUUUGGUCCAGCAUUUCUCGUUGGAAAGAUUUUAAACCUUUUUUUUUAUACUGUAAUUUUGACACAGUAUUAAUUUGUACUACUGAAGCGAUUUAUUUAAUUGGGAGCACAUCAGUGGGAAAUGCCCUUUUAUUCUUUUAACUCCAUUGUUGUAGUGUGUACAGAGCAUAUUGUUAGGGUUAACUUGUGUGAUGUUUGAAGCAGUGGACACAGGCAUUGCGUCUUAUAAUGGCAGCAUGUAAUACAAUUCUGAAUGCAAACCAAAUGUGGUCUCAUUUGUGAAUAUAUUAAUACAGUGAAACCAAUCUAGUACUGUCGGUAUAGAAAAACAUGAGUUGCAUCUGCAUAUUUCCAUGUAUUGUUUGUAUGCAGAUUGAAUGAGAUAAUUUUUUAAUAUAAUUAGGUAAAGAAGCAAACAUCACAUAGCAUUAAGGGAUUGUAGUGUGCUUUUUUUUUUCUUUUUUGCAAUUCAAGAAUGUAAAUAAGGCUUUGUGUUUGCGGUAACUUUUUUUUUUUUUUAAAUCAAUAAAAACUUAAAAUACAAUGCUCA